AUGGCUAGGCCACUUGGAGCAGUUCGUCUGAGACGAACGAACUCGGUUACACUCGUUGUCGGCACCCCCGUUACCAUCUACAAUCUUAACAAUGUCACCAUAACCAGCGAUCCGGUCGCCAAUCGCGAGUCUGUCCUCAUCCUCACCCCCAUGACGAGGUUCUAUCAGGACUACUGGGACAAUCUUCUGAAGCUCUCGUACCCGCACGAGCUCAUCACACUCGGCUUCAUCCUGCCCAAGACGAAGGAGGGAAACGCCGCCACCGCCGCCCUACAGAAGCAGGUUAUCAAGACACAAAAGGGACCGGAAAAGGAUCGAUUCAACAUGGUUACUAUUCUGAGGCAAGAUUUUGAUCCCGAUCUGGCGAGCCACGAUAAACCUCUGAUUGCCCCCAAUUGCUUCCAGCGAUUCAAGGACCCCAAAACGGGCAAGAUGGACGAACGACCCUACGAUUUUAACAAUUGGCAAGACAGCGAAGCCGCCCAGAAGCUCGCAGCUCAGAUGGGUCCAGAUGAUAUCCUCGUCGAAGGGUACGCUGAGCUGCCAACUUACCGAACUCUUAUGGCUCACCUCUCAGACGGUGGCAAUAUUCAUACUGAGAUGCCUAUUGAUGGGGUUGGUGGAGCUACGCUCCUAGUAAAGGCCGAUGUUCACCGGGAUGGCGCCAUGUUCCCAGCGUUCUCCUUCUACCACCUCAUCGAAACGGAAGGUUUCGCCAAAAUGGCAAAACGAUUAGGGUGGAAGGCAACGGGCCUCCCCAACUACAAGGUGUACCAUUACAACGAGUAG